AUGGACGAGGAGUUAUCCUCCCAGGUGAAGAAGGUGGCCUUGGCCAUGGGCACAUCACUGUCAGAUAAGGACAUAGAUCUGCUGACCAUGGACGUGAGGCAUCACAGCUCCUUCAGCUACAUCAAGUUCUUCCAGUACAUGCAGAAGUUCCAGGCCUCAGGGCAGCUGGACAGCGUCAUCUGCAAGGCCUUCCAGACCCUGGACAAGGACCAAAGCAGCUUCAGCGAGUGGAAUGAGAUUAAGUACACCCUGUCCACAAUCCCCAGCAGGGGACCACCACUGACGGAUGAAGAGGCUGAGGCUGUGAUCCAGGCGGCCAACACGGAUGGGAGGAUUGACUUCGAAGAAUUUUCUGAAUUGAUCAAAAAGGAGAAAAUUCCAAAGAAGAAGUAG